CAAGACACCCUGGCCUCUCCCUCCCUGUCUGUUCAGCUGGGGUCUGGACAAACCCUGGGAGUCCAGAGGUCGGGGUCUUCAUCAGAUUUGGAGUCGGGGGUGGGGUGAAGGCAGCAGGGACAGGGCCUCUGGCUGGGAUGGGAGGCAGCCUCUCCUCAGUGGGUCCUUGAGCCAGUCACUGCCCCUCUGGGGGCCUGGGUCUCCUCCUCUGGGAAGUGGAGGGAAAUGAUCAGUGGUGUGGGCCUCCCAGCGGGGUGAUACUGUCCAAGGGAGGACAGGAAUAUGAGGAGAUUUGUGCUGGUUCCUCCUUAAGAGGUGAGGGGAGAGCAGAGAUGACACACAGAUGACCCUGAGUCCUCAGGAGACUCCUGGAAGCAGGUGACAUUCUCCUCACACUUUUCAGAUGAGGAAAGAUGUCCAGGGAGGCCUGGGCAGGCCCAAGGUCACACAGGAGUGAGUCCUGGAGCCGGAACUGGUCUAGAAUCAGAGAACCCUGGAGGAGGGAGCAGCAGAGGCAGCAGGGCACUGGAGCCGAUGGCCAAGGUCUGAGGUCAGGGGCCUUGGGGGACAUGUGGAGGGGAGUAUGGGCACACUGACCAUGUCCUCGGCCCCAACAGGAGGCGACCUCCAUGUUAGUGACUGCAGAGAGGGCCCGCCAGGGAGUCCAGGAGAGGCAGGGGCAGUAGGGGAUGUGCUGAACUGUCAGAAAUGGAAUGAGCAAUUCAAACUGAUGGAGGAGAUCGAGCUGCUCCAGGAGGCUGCAAAUCUGUACACCGUGCAGCCUGACAAGCACUUUGGAGCCUGGUUCCAGGCCAUGGAGCCCCUGAGUGAGGAGGAGAGAUGAGGGAGGUCAGGAGUUGGGAGAGGGCAGGGCAGACUCUCUCUGCUGACCAACUCCAGAGCCCAUGGCCCUGGCUCCCUGGUCAGCCCCAGAUCUGGUUGCAUGGCGAACCCUGGGACCCUUGGACUCCAGCUGUUGGCAGGUUCCAGGAUGCACAUGUGAUGUGUGGCUCCUGAGAGCUUCCAGCUCUACUCUGUCCUGUAGCUACAGCCUGUCCUGCCAGCUGGAGCCCAGAUACCACUGGGCCAGAAAGAUUCGACUCUUCUUCAAAGACAAGAAGAACAGCUCAGGCAAGAGUGUGUGUCUG